AUGACUGCGGCACCUAAACGACGGCUGGCCGCGCUGUCGAAGCAACUGACAGAGGGCAUUCCUUCUGAAGGCACGUUCGAGGAUAUCCCGCGCAUCAGACAUGUUGCAGAUUCCUCAACGGGACCUAGGGUAAAGGGGAAAGUCGUGAUUGUCACCGGCUGCAAUUCACCUCUCGGUAUUGGCCGCGCUGCUGCACAUCAAUACGCCCAGAAUGGCGCAAAGGCUGUCUUUAUCUGUGACUGGGCAGACCAAUAUCUCGAGACGCACAAGCGAGAAAUAGUGUCGCUAUACCCGGACAGCAAAGUACAUUGCGUGAAACUAGAUGUUGGGGACGAAGAACAGGUAAAAGCGGUGGUAGACGAGGCAAUCGCAAAAUACGGCCGACUGGAUAUCAUGUUUGCCAAUGCUGGUGUGGUGGGUGUGCCCAACACGUUCGAGCAUAUCACAGCCGAGAAGUUCAUGGCUACGAUGCGCGUGAACACUCUGGGCGUAUUCCUGUGCGCCAAAUACGCGGCCCUUGCGAUGCAAAAGACCAGUGAGGACAAGCAAUAUUCUGGGGGCAGCAUUAUCGGGACGGCAUCUGUCGCUGGGUUACGGUCGAACGCCGGUGGCACCGACUAUUCGGCAAGUAAGGCUGCCGUGGUUUCCCUGGCGCAGACCAUGGCUUAUCAACUAGCCGGCACCGGCAUCAGGGUCAAUGCUCUUUGCCCUGGUGUCAUAGAGACGGGGAUGACCAAGCCAAUGUAUGAUCAGGCUCGCAGUCGGGGGACGGAGAGGAAGAUCGGACAGCUGAACCCUCUUCAGAGGGGCGCCGUCGCUGACGAAGUUGCCAGGGUCGCCCUCUUUUUGGGAAGCGAUGAGGCUAGUUAUGUCAAUGGUCAAGCCUGGGCUGUUUGUGGGGGUCUCAGUGCCGGUCAUCCAUUCGUGCCUGGAAAACUAGCAUGA